GAGGAUGCAGACGAUGCCUUGCAUCAAGACACAGACUCGGACGUUGCAGAGUCCAGGGACGGUGGGAAGGUGAAGGUGAAAUGGACCCAGGAAGAGGACGAAAACCUCAAGGUGCUGGUUCAAAAACUGGGGUCCAAUGACUGGAAACGUAUCGCCAACUGCAUCCCGAAUCACACCGAACCUCAGUGUCAGCACCGCUGGUUUAAAGUCUUGGAUCCAGAACUGGUCAAAGGCCCGUGGACCAAAGAGGAGGAUGAGAAAGUGAUAGAGCUGGUGAAUCUGUACGGAAACAAGCAGUGGGCGACUGUGGCCAAACACCUGAAGGGUCGGUUGGGGAAACAGUGCCGGGAGCGGUGGCACAACCAUCUGAACCCCGACGUGAAGAAGUCCUCCUGGACCUCCGAGGAGGACCUGGUCAUCUAUAAGGCCCACCGGCUGCUGGGGAACCGCUGGGCCGAGAUCGCCAAGCUGCUCCCCGGGAGGACCGACAACGCUGUGAAGAACCACUGGAAUUCAACCAUCAAACGUAAGCUGGAGAUGGGCUUCUACGCGGGAGAAUGGGCGACUGUGGCCAAACACCUGAAGGGGCGUCUGGGGAAACAGUGCCGGGAGCGGUGGCACAACCAUCUGAACCCCGACGUGAAGAAGUCCUCCUGGACCUCCGAGGAGGACCUGGUCAUCUAUAAGGCCCACCGGCUGCUGGGGAACCGCUGGGCCGAGAUCGCCAAGCUGCUCCCCGGGAGGUAA